UGGUGGGAUAAUUCAUUAUAUGUUGUUUAUUUACUUUGUCCAUUUCUCCUUCUCUCCAUUUGUUUUUCUGUAUACUCCAAAUCAAACAUCCUCGGGUUUCACUAGUUGCUGUUCAGAUACAAGUACUAUCCGUGUCUGGAACCACUAUUUCACGAGACCGUUUUCUCAAAGAUGUCAGUUGGCGUUGCUCGAAGCUAGACGACUCAUUUGAGGUGCUGCCGUGUUAGUAGAAACCAGUCAUAAAUAUCCAUUUCCUAGCUGACACCAGCAAGAACAGCCGUCCAGUUUCACCAAGUGUAUAGCACCACAGCACUAAAGCACAUCGACACGAUCCAAAUCUAUAAUGCCGCAAAGCCCAUCCACACCCAGAUCACAAACCCAUCAAGCCCAAGACUCGUCGUGUGCAACCUAUCGAUAUUUCACAUAACGAGCCAGCCAUAUGGACAAGCAUAACUCUUCACCAUCUCCCUCAUCUCCAUCACCAUAACCGUCACCAUCUCCCCAGCGAUGGUGAAACCCAACGAUACAAUCGCCCUGAUAAUCCUCCUGCACAUCAUCCUCUGCGUCUUGAUAACAUUCUUACUCUACCGUUUAAUCAAUCGCAUACGCUCCCGCUACCCACCACCCCUUUCAAGCGGCUACAAGUCGACCGAUUCAUCGUUCUCAGGCUCGACUGAUCGUAGUGUCCCUGGUCCUCCUGGACAUCAUGGAGGACAUAUACAUGUUGUUGAGGUGCCCCUUCAGGGCGGCGGGCAUGUGAAUGUUGGCGAUGGACCACCGCGGCAGCCACCUCCACCGCCUGUCGGUGGGGGAGGAGCACAUGUUAAUGUAGGAAGUGGUGCUGGACGAGGAGGCGCUGUGAAUGUUAGGCCUGUUUCACCGCCGCCGUUGGGAGGAAGAGGUGCUGCGAAUGUUAGACCACCACCGCCGCCGCCGCAGGGAGGGAGGGGUGCUGUGAAUGUUAGACGUGGGGGAGGUGCCGUCAAUGUAAGGCAUUGAUAGUAGAAAGAGACCAGAAUACCUGGAGGCGUGCAUUGGCGAGUAGCCAGACCUUAUCUUAUUUGAGACCUUGCGAUGAGUGUAUAUAAGUCAAUUGGUA